GUCACGGGGCUGUGAGUCACUGCCAGGUGUCGCUCAUUUAAAGUCGUAGUACAACCUCAGUGUGUCCUACUGUACUUCUCUCAGUGACACUUAGGUCAAUGUUUUUUCCAUUCUUUAUCCCAAUUCCAUUCCCUUGUGAUAUGUAUCGAGGAAGACGAUACUAUAUAGAUCAUCGUUCGACACCAUUAAGAAGUACAGUGAUGUUAGGAACCCUUCCUAAUGACUUCCUACGUGUGGCACCAACCCAGAUUCAGACGCAGGAGGAGGCUGAUCGAGCAGCUGCCAUGCGCCUCCAGCACCAGAUGUAUGCUCAGUCACAGCCAAAUGUGGGCAGACUCCAGAUGACAAUUGCCUCUGCAGUUUUGAAUAAAAAUUAUGGGAUGACACGAAUGGAUCCUUACGUUCGAGUGAGGUUGGGUCAUUACGUGUACGAAACACAGACAGAUGUAAAUGGAGCAAAGAAUCCUCGCUGGAACAAGACUUUUCAAGUAUACCAGCUUCCAAAGGGAAUUAACACAGUGCACAUAGAAAUCUUUGAUGAACGAACUCUAACAGAUGACGAGCUGAUUGCUUGGGUGAACCUUACCAUCCCAGAAGCAGUGUUCCAGAGUGAGGUUGUGGAUGAAUGGUACAGCUUGACUGGUAAGCUUGGAGAUGGUCAGGAAGGCACGAUAAAUAUUGUCAUGUCAUAUGAGACAGGCCCGAUCCUACCACAGGAUCUAAACAUGAGGCCGGUGAUAAUGAUGCCACCUUCCGGCUACACCUACCCAGGCUAUGCUUCUGUGCCUGUUUACACCUUACCACCCACCCACCAACCUCCUGUCUCUACUCCCCCACAACCAGUCAUAUCCGCCGAAGAUCUGAAACAGGUUGAAGAGAUGUUCCCAGAUGUGGAUGCUGAAGUAGUCAAGUCGGUGCUGGAGGCAUCAGGAGGUAACAAAGAGGCAGCAAUCAAUUCCCUUCUUCAGAUCCAAGAUUGCUAAACCCCACUCCCCCUCCCCCUUGAAAGAGGAGCACCACAGAUAUGGAAUCAAACUUUAAUUAGCAAAGUAUGAUUGUAUGAUUAUUUUUUUAAAUUUCAAAAGUUUCAGAUGUUUAAAAGAAUGGGAAAUAUUUUGUUGUAAUUCAUGUUUUUUGAGGUUUAACAAAAUCAUUGAAGUAUGAUUGUAACUAAUUCUUUCCAUAAGGCUUUGAAUAGUAUUAUGUAAUUUUUAUGUCAAAUGUAAUCAUGAUGUUGAUUGAAAAUAAUGAUAUUCAGAGGUGCUGCUAUAUCGUCUUCAUUUAACAUUUCUGCUAAGUUGGACUCACAACUUCAUUAUCACACACUUAUAUAUGAAGUAAAAUAUUCCUAUAUUGUGUAAUUUUUCCUGUACAAAAUGGUAACAUUUACUUAUUUUGUGCACUGAUGCAUAUGAUGACCAAUGUUUUAUUCUCUCAGGGUAUGGAAGUCAACUUUUUCAUGGAAUUAAAGAUAAUGUGCUCAAACUAAACAUGGGUAUAACCUGAUACUUAAAAAAUUAAGAUUAAAGUAAAUAAAAGAAUGUCAGUGAAUGUGUCUACUCAUAAUAUUAGAAGUAGAGUCAUUAUUAUUAUUAUUAUACAUGUUUAAGUCCAAAGGUGACAUGAAGAUAAUGAUGUGCCCUUAAAGAGAGCAUCUGAAAUUAAGAGGUGUGUCAGGUGAUAUUUCCCAUAUAUAUUAGUGCUACAGUAUCUACAUUUAAAACAUUCUUGUAUCUUUCUCUUGCUUCCUUUCAUUGCCAUAGCAUAGUUGCUGCUUAUUUAAAUAACAAUUGAAGCUGUUAGAACAACAGCAAAGCUCGCCUAUUUGACAAAUUUUUAUCAUUAUUUAUAACCAAAAUUUGGAACGAGAAAUUAACAUUUUGUGAAUUUGUGUAAUUCACUUAAUAUUUAACAAAGUUACUCAAUAUACCAUUCAGUAUUAUUCCCUAAGGCAAACUCAGUGUAACUUGAUCCAAAACUUAUUUCAAGUUGGGUCCCACUGCAGAAGUAGGUGCUGGGUUGACAGCAUAAGCCACCACAAAUUCUUGGAAUAGGCGAGCGAACAAGUGCCUACACCAUUGUUUGGAAGUGAAGCAAGAUAUGGAUAUACAGUAUUGGUAUAUUGGAAUUCAUCUUUUCAAGAACCACAAAUGGUUCCCAUACUUAUAUUGGACCAAUUCCAUUUAAAUCUUUUCUGAAUAUCUUUCUGUAACUGAUGUCUCAUUCAACCCCUUGAGAGAUUAACUAAAGCGUUUUGGCUAUUGACUAGGUAGUAUACCAUCAAGUUAGUGUUAAAGACUGAAGCAACAAGAGACAUUUGCGGAAGAAUUAUGUACACUCGGUAAAAAAGUAUCUUUACAAUUCUUGUGCGAAACAAAAUGACACCACGAAUGAAGAUUUUUUUUAAUAAAGUCCCAUGAGGUAUUCUGUUAUUCACCAAUCAUAAUGCAACAAACUAAUUUUAUAUUUUGAAUGAAAUAACUAAAUUAGGUCAACCUUAAUAGGUAGGAAAUGUCUUGCAAAUACAUCUACCAACCGUAAUGAAACAACAGGAUUGUUCAGUUCCAAAUUCAUCAGACCCCUCCUGAAAGAUACUAUUUUUACCGAGUAUAGUUUGGCUGUAUAGUUUGGCUUCAUUACCAGCAUAUGUGAAGCAGUCACCACUUGCUUGCACAUAGAAUCAUUAAAAUGUUGUGGGAAAGUAAGAGAGAGAGAGGAGAAAAUGAUUGAAAGGUGCAUAUAGGAGAAACCAAAAAGAUAUAGCAUGGGAAAAAGCAUUCUCUGACUGGUACUUGUGGAGUGUGAGACGGUGUGUCAUUGAUGCUGUGCUGUACACGUGGCCAAUUAAAACAAAUUUUAAUGAGAGAAAGAUAACCACUUUCAUUCCUCUCACAGUAAAGCUUCUGUGGGUGACUUGAGGGCAUGUGAUAAACAAGUAACUUAAAUUAUGAAAUAGAUUUAUUUAGUGAAAUGUCCAAGUGAUAGGCAAAUGAAUUGGAGUUGAUGUACAGUAUAUUUAGAAUAUUUCAUCAGAACAGAAAAUAAUGAAUUGGACUACCUGAGUGUAUCAAUAAAUAUAUUAUGUUAAAACACGAUAGAUGCUUGUUUUGUUAUUGUAUUUUUUUAUUGGCCUCCCUGAAUAUUUUUUAAAUAUUAUUCAUUUAAUGCAUAUAGAAUUGAUAUAAAUUUAAAGACAAGUUAUAUAAGCAAUUAGGGAUUGUAGUGGAAGUUCUGGCAUAACAACAAUUUGCUAUGAUUGUUAAAUAUAAGAUUAUAAACGGUCAUUGUAGACCUCCUUAUUUUCCUUCACUUUUAGUUGUCACAAAUCAGUGGAUAUGAAGAAAGUUUGCCAAGUAAAAUGUACUUAAGCAUAAAAGUGUUAUAGAAAAGAAUGUUUUAAUGAUAUUGUGAGUAAUCUAACAAAUUUAUUUAAUAAUAUUUUUUACAGGAAUUAGAUAUAGUUAUUACAUACCAUAUUGUAUUUGUAAUGUCAGUAUGUUGCAAUAAUGAUAUUAAAUAUACUAUACCAUUUAAUCAGUAAUAUUAACUACGUAUAUUGCGAAUUUUCCUUUAAAUGCCUAUACUUAUUCAUGAUUAAUGUGUAAUGUUUCUCAGUUUAACAAUGCCAUCAGUAACUAGACAUGCCUCUUAAUUUGGCAAAUCCAGUGAAUGUGUUCAAGGUGAUUCACUGUACCAGAAUUGGGUGUAAUUCAUCAGUAUGUAAAAUAUUGGAUCUACUGAGAUUUGACACUUGAUUGACUGACUGCUAGUGUGUGGAUGACUGAUUCUAGCAUUUAGGUGAAUGGGAGUUCUUUCAUUCUAGUGUUUGGAUGGUUUAAGGUGGCUCUGUGCAUUUCAAUCUCAGUAAAGACUACACAGUUAUUUCCAAUUCCUGGGAUAGAGCUUCAUAUCUUUAUUUUUCUAACUGUUAUCACAAUCCAUUAUACCACAAUGCAACCAGACUUUAAAGUCUCUGCACAGUUUAAAUAGUACAAUGAAAUGAAGUAGAUCACAUUAUUAAAACCAUGAGAACAGUUUGUGCUUUUGGGCUCACAGAUUAUAAACCCUGGCUUCUUCCUUGGUUUGGGUUAGGUACAGUACCCUCACUUCAGCUGAACAGUCACUGUAUUUAAACAUUUAAUUGAUCACCUGAAGAAUCUCUACCCCAGCUUAUUUCACAAGCAGAUUAACCAUCCCAACACUAUUUAAGGUAGUUAAUCUGUUGGUGAAAUAAGCUUGGGUGGAGAUUCUUCAGAUGAUCCCAUUCAACUUUCAGUGUAGUUAAAGCCAAGAGAAUUAAGUCUUGCUAUGUGGAGUGUGACAUAAUUUGUAGUUAACUAAUUAUUUUUUUAAAGAUACAUUGUCCAAGGCAUAGGGUUGUGAAGAGGAUUAUGUUUACUGUAUUCUUAGUGGUAGAGUUAACGUUAAACAUGGUGUGAAGUACAGUAGUAAUAAAUGGAGUAAUACCUGUACAUUUAGAAUUGCUUUCAGAGAAAAUUGAUAUAUAAACCAUUAGUAAUGACCAUAAACUAUUUUAAAUACUGAACAGAACCAGAAUAACAAUAUGGAUCUAGAUGGUUAUUGAAUAUGGUUGAUAUGUAUUUAGUAUAGGAUGAGUAAUAAGGAUUCUUAAUAUCGUCUACCAAGGUUAGUAACAACAUAAUUAUUAAUGAUAAUUUAUUUGUUUAUUUUUUAAAGACUGUCUUAAUCAUUAAUUUUUAUAUUGUUCAGUCUGUUUGGCUAUUUUAAGUGAAAACUGAGGGUGUCAUUACCUAUGUAACUUGCCCAUGCAUGCAUAAAUGUUUACAAAUACACAUGCACAGAACACAAGAGAAACACUCAAGAAACAUACAGUUUUUAGUUUAUGCUGUCUUCUACUACUGUAUUUAUUAAAGUAUAUUUAAAGUCUCACAUAUAUGGAUGGUUACUACAGUAUAUAAAAGUCAUACUAACGGUUGCCAGUAUUAUCACUUACGAUACUUAAUCAUGUUGCACCUUUCAGAGAUUUUUUUUUUAUUACUCAUACCUCUUGUUUGAAUAAUAUUUCAAACUUUGCAUGUACUGUACUUUAUAAAAACUAAGAAGAAUUAACAUUAUGGUAAUGAAUAUUUAAAUACAUUUUAAUGCAGCUUUAUUCUGUUUUCAUGUGUCUUUUAAACACUAUGUUAGGUUUAAAAAUUUAAUUGGUGAAUUUGGGUAGUCAGUUUUAAAUUUCAUAUUUAUAAACAAUUUCAUAUCUCACUCUAAGGUGGAAACAAGGGGCAGGAAGUUAAGCAAUUGUGUCUUUGGCAAAUUUGAGUCCAAAUUUAUUUUAUUUCAUGUCUUUCUACCGAUCUGAGAGAUAUAGUUGAGGAACCUCGUUUUUACAUUUUUUAGGAUGCUGGAGACUUCAUAAUUACAAAUGUUACCAAAAACAAAGGCAUUCAGUUACUGGGGAAAAUGUCAUGUAAUGUAAGUUUAAUUGCACGUGUACUUUCCAUGUUUGGUUUCUGAGCUGUAAAUGUAGAACUAUAAUAAUGAGAUGUGUUCAGUAAAGGGCUUGUUCUACUAUAUAAAAAAACUAUACUCAGCCACUGUGUAUUAGCCAUAGCCCAUGAUUUGGUUCUUCAAUGUCAUAUAAAUCAGUUAAAAAACAAAGUCACAUAACAGCUUUAAAUAAAAACUAAAAUGUAAUACUGCAUCUUCUUCCUCAAUACAGAAUAGCUUCCUCAUAUCUAGAAGACUAUCCUACUGAUCAUUUUAAUAAUUAUUUAUAUCAUGUGAUUUUCAGUGUUAUAUACCGGGUAAUUUCUUAUUACUCUUGUAUGACAGAUUUUGUUCAAAUGGACUCUUGGCUUCUCAGUAAUGUCACUUGUAAACUUUCCAUUAUUGGUAAGGGAUCUGUAUUGGACAUCAUUAAACAAUAAAUGGUC